UUUUUUUAAGAAUGACAUGUCAAAGACGGAAGUAAGCAAUUUCUAACGAGUGUAAACUUUCACGUAAGAAAAUGGCGUUUAGUUUCGGCGCAAAUAAAACAGGUUUUGGAGCCACUACCACGGCUACGUCAGCCCCAGCGUUUGGUGGAUUUGGGGCAACUGCGGCUACAUCAACAGCAACAGGUACUUCAUUUGGCUUUGGAGCAGCUAAGACAACUGCACCUACCCUUGGCUUUGGUACAGCUAGUACAGCUAGUACUGGAUUCGGGGGAAAAAGCUUUGCAUUUGGUGCAGGCACAACUCCUGCCACAACUGCAACUACAGGCUUUGGUACAACAGGUGGAUUUGGGACAACAACUGGCUUUGGAACAGGGACUGGUUUUGGUGUAGGAUUAGCCUCCACAGGUACUGGUACCAGCACAGGAUCAUUAUUUGGUGGCACUAGCACAGCCCUUGGUACUAACACUGGAUUUGGCGUUGCAAAUGUACAGCCAGGAUCAACAUUUGGGCUUGGAGCUCAAGCGCAACAACAACAAACGCAGCAACAACAAGCCGCCAACGCAAUGUCCAAUAUGGCCCAGGCAGUGUCACUUCCAAUCAUAUUUGGUGACGAACGUGAUCUGUUGAUCGCAAAAUGGAAUCAGUUACAGGCAUUUUGGGGGUCUGGAAAAGGAUUUUUCUCACAAAAUGGGGUUGUUGAGUUCACACCAGACAAUCCAUUUUGUCGUUUUAAGGCAAUAGGAUACAGUCUCCUCCCAACAUCUCAAGAUACGGAUGGUUUAGUGGGUAUCGUCUUCAAUAAGAAAGAGUCUGAAAUAAAAGCCCUUCAACAACAGCUAGUUGACAGUCUGCAUAAGAUACUAGGAAACAAACCAACCCUGUCAGUGUGUGUUGAGGGCGUGAGGCAGCUGCCAGAUGAAAAGACAGAGGUUAUACUAUAUGUACUAGAAAGACCAGCACAAGGACCUACAAAGAGAAUCACAGCUACAGAACUAUACAAUUUCAUGAUGUCAAAUAAUAUUAAGACCCAGCUUAUAUCGCAACUAGGGGUCACAAACCUUGUGCCUAAGAUACAGAUGACAGCAGAUCAGUUCAAACAAUACCUGGAUGUUCCACCCUCCGGGAUUGAUCCAUUGCUAUGGCAACAGGCUAAACUUGACAAUCCUGAUCCAGAGAAGUUGAUCCCUGUCCCUAUGGUUGGUUUUAAGGAACUACAUAACAGACUGAAACACCAGGAACAACAAACAUCACUACACCAAGCCAGACUAGAUAUGAUUGCAAAAGAUAUCAGUGACCUACAAAGAAGUCAUACGAAUAUGGUUGCCAAAACAGAACAAUACAAACGUAAACAUCUUGAGCUUGGUCACAGAGUGUUGCAGGUGAUGACUAAACAGGAAAUUUGCAGAAAGAUGGGAUAUGCAAUACAGCUUGAGGAAGAACAGUUGAGAGUGAACUUAGAGGCCCUUCAGGCUGAACUUAAUGCCCCAACCCAGUUUAAGGGUCGUCUUAAUGAGUUGAUGUCACAGAUCCGUAUGCAAAACCAGUUAGUGACGUCACACGUGGAGUCAAGUUAUCAAGUUGACAACUCAGUGCAAGGAGAAAUAAAACAGCACCUUAAGCAACAACAAGAAGGUCUACAAUACUUGAUUGAAAUUAUAAAAGAUGAUUUUGAGGACCUGAAACUAAUUGAACAAGGACUUUCUGAAUCUACUAGAAGGUGAUAGUUAGACCUUUAACUCUGUUGUACACAGUGAGGACUUUGUCAUGUUUGUGUGUAUGUACCGUUAUCAUGAUACUGUAACUGGGAGGAUUUCAUGAUAAAAGUGAAGAUAUCUUUAUUAAAGUGAGGAUGUCAUGAUAAAAGUGAAGAUAUCUUGAUAAAAGUGAGGAUAUUAUGAUAAAAGUGAGCAUGUCAUGAUAAAACUGAGGAUUCAUGAUAAAAGUGAGGGUGUCAUGAUAAAAGUGAGGAUAUCAUUAUAAAAGUGAGGAUGUCAUGAUAAAAAUGAGGAUUUCAUAAUCAAAGUUAUGAUAUUUUGAUAAAUAUGAAGAUAUGAUGACAAAUAUCAUCAUAAUAUCAUGAUAAUUUUGAUCAGUAAUGACUUAAAUGAGAUUUUAUACAAAACAUAUCUUGUGCAAGUGGAUCAUGAAUUGUGGAAAGGAAAUACUCCUCUGGUAUUUUUUUGCCUCUUGACUUUCUAUGAACAUAAGCCUAUAUAUAUGAAUGGUACCGUACGGUGCCUUGUUUAUGGUACCGU